UUAUUAACUCGGGCGACGCUUCGAAUUGUCUCGUCAGUUGAUAUUCCUUAUCCAUAAACCUACGAUGCCUCCUAUUUGGAGGUCCCUUUAUAUUUUGAUUUCAGUAGGUGUUACUAUAGGAACUGUAGACGUUUUCAGUAAUUCGUUUUUAGUCAGAUUCAAAAAUGAUAUCGGUCCUGAAGAGGCGCAUUCGAUUGCUAAAAGACAUGGAUUUGUCAACAUGGGUUCGUUACUGGGGUCCAGGAGAGAAUAUCAUUUCGUAAACCACGGUAUACCAAUUGCCAGAUCCAAGAGGAGUAUACCUCAUGUGAGAAGAUUAAAAGUAGAUCCACUAGUUCACUCGGCAGUACAGCAGGUCGGAUUUAUCCGCGUAAAAAGAGGUUAUAAGCCGCUGAAAGUGGAAAAUUUAGUUAAAAAUAUAAAGCCUCAUUCAGAUCCGACCGAUCCGUAUUUUUCCUAUCAAUGGUAUUUGAAAAAUACCGGACAGAAUGGAGGUAAACCCAAACUCGAUUUGAACGUCGAAGCUGCUUGGGCUCAAGGAAUUACCGGCAAAAACGUUACCACGGCGAUAAUGGAUGACGGGGUGGACUACAUGCAUGCUGAUUUAAAAUAUAAUUACAAUGCAAAAGCCAGUUAUGAUUUUAGCAGCAAUGAUCCUUAUCCAUUUCCACGUUAUACAGAUGAUUGGUUCAACAGCCAUGGUACUCGAUGUGCUGGGGAAGUAGCAGCUGCUCGAGAUAAUGGUAUUUGCGGAGUUGGCGUGGCUUACGAUUCUAAAAUAGCAGGAAUCAGAAUGUUAGAUCAGCCUUACAUGACGGAUCUCAUCGAAGCGAAUUCAAUGGGACAUGAACCCAACUUAAUAGACAUAUAUAGCGCAUCCUGGGGACCCACUGACGACGGAAAAACAGUAGACGGGCCCAGAAAUUCUACAAUGAAAGCCAUAGUUAAAGGAGUCAAUGAAGGACGAAAUGGCUUAGGAAAUAUUUACGUUUGGGCUAGUGGAGAUGGAGGUGAAGACGACGAUUGUAAUUGUGAUGGUUAUGCCGCUAGUAUGUGGACAAUAAGUAUAAACAGUGCAAUAAAUGAUGGUCAAAACGCGCAUUACGACGAAAGUUGUUCAUCGACUUUAGCAUCAACUUUUAGUAACGGUGCUAAAGAUCCAAAUACUGGUGUUGCUACUACUGAUUUAUAUGGGAAAUGCACUACCACCCACUCGGGAACAUCAGCUGCUGCUCCGGAAGCAGCAGGUGUAUUCGCUUUGGCACUUGAGGCAAAUCCAAAAUUAACAUGGAGAGAUGUUCAGCAUUUAACUGUUCUUACUUCCAAACGAAACUCUCUGUUCGACGCCAAAGGAAGAUUCCAUUGGACCAUGAACGGUGUUGGAUUGGAAUUUAACCAUUUAUUUGGAUUUGGAGUGCUAGAUGCUGGUGCUAUGGUGGCGUUGGCGAAAAGAUGGAAAACAGUACCCCCAAGAUUUCACUGUGAGGCUGGCAAUCUUAAUAAGAUUCAUAAGAUUCCAUCGAAAAAUUCUCUGUUGAUGAAAAUUACUACAAACGCAUGCAAAGGCGAAAGCACUGAAGUCAGAUAUUUGGAGCAUGUUCAAGCCGUUGUGACACUAAACGCUACAAGGAGAGGAGACGUUGAAUUAUUUCUCACUUCUCCUAUGGGAACAAGAUCGAUGAUACUGAGUCGAAGACAAAAUGAUGAUGAUUCUCAUGACGGGUUUUCAAAGUGGCCUUUUAUGACUACACACACUUGGGGAGAAUAUCCACAGGGAACUUGGCUUCUUGAAGUUAGAUUCAAUUCACAAGUACCACAAACGGGUUUUAUAAAAGAAUGGUCACUAAUGCUACACGGGACUAAAGAUUCACCAUAUACAGAAUUAUCAGUAUUAGAUCCACAUUCAAAAUUAGCAAUUGUUAAAAAAGCACAUGAAACUAGAAGCAAAUUAUAAUUUUUUCAAAGUUCGAUAAUCAUUUCUUUUAAAGAUAAAAAUAGUGUUAUAUUUGGUAAACUAUUGGAUCUUCUUGGAGGCUAAUUAUGUUAAGACAAAAAUAAAAUUUUUCAUCCAGUUUUUUCAUUAGAUUUUAAAUGUUUUACAUGCCUAAUUUUUGGAAAAUCUACUGGAUUAAUACUUGAAUCUGAGUCCGUAAAACUGCACGGAUCUAUAUUGCUCAAGAGGGCUAUUUUUUUGCUUGCAAGUUCAGAGAUCUCUAUCUCUAGAGAUACCUACUCAUAUUUAGAAUUUUAAAACUAUGUUUUACGCAACUUUAAAAGAAAUAUAACCACCUCAAAAGCUCUCGACAAUAAUUGCACGACUUAGAAAUAUGGUUCUUGAUGUAAAUUUUGAAACCUGAACUGUAACAUUGAUUUUUAUCGAUAAAACAGUAGAUCCUCCAGGAAUGGUACACCUGGUUUACACAGGUCGAGUAGAGUGGGCAAGCUACUUGGCUCAGUAGUGAUUCGACAAAAAUUUGGAGCCCAAGUUGGAUAACCUAUUAGGUUAUACCUAUUAGAAGAAAUAGAUGAAGUUUUAGAAAAGGAAAUUAACAAAGAACCUAAAGUAUGGAUUAAAUAUUGGUUAAGAAGAAAAGACACUCUUAGAGCGUCGACUUUUACUACACAGACACGCUGUAGAAUAUGUGAAAGAAUACAGAUCUAUAUUGAGGAUGACUCUUCACCUAACCUCGAAAUUGAGCAAAGAACAUACAUUUUGCUUGGACAAAAUGGGGUAGAUGGGUUAGCUACUGGGCCGAGCAACUCAAUUUUUAACUAAACCACUCGACUCGCCCCGCAACUGAUCAACUUUGCCGAUGUGUCUACAUCAAACAAGUAGGCCAAGUGUGUGUAAUUUUAGUUUGUAUUUUCAGGACAAAUAUCAUUUUGACAAUUUUAAAUUGUUUUAAGAAUCAAUGGGUAAUUUGUUUUUUUUUAUAUUUUUUACUUUUGAAAUCUCAGGAACACAAUUUAAUAAUAAAAAAAUCUACCAAGCUUCUAACUAAACAUUUUUUGUAUAAGAAUAUAAUGAGUUAAUUAAUCCUUUAUCAAUUUACAUUGUUUUUCUCAAAUUAUGGGUUAUAAUCAACAUAUUUUGCUUCUGGGUAUAAAUGUACAAGAAUCUAUCAUUAGUUUACUAAUAUAAGUAUAAAUUCGUAGGACCAUAUUCACAUACUGGUAAGUAAAGUCAUAAUGUAAAUAAUGAAAUUGUAUUUUAUGCUCUUGAUUAUAUAGAAAUAUUCCUUCUAAUAGAUAUUAGAAAUACUAAGUCUCUUGUCGUUUGAGCUAACUCCUGUUAUGUUGAAAAAGUUUAUAAAAGGCUACAUGAUAGAUUAUUUUUUCAAAAUUGUAAUUUGUUUUAUAAAAAUUAUAUGUACAAAAAUAAUUAAUAAAAGUUAUAUACAUACAGA